AUGCUACCGGCGGAAAGUAACAGUCUUCUAGUCAUCCUGAUCUUCGUCAAUAUAGCCAACGGAUUUGAUGGCUCGAUGAUGAAUUCGCUGCAGAGCCUUGAUCUGUGGCAAGACUACUUCAAUUACCCAACGAAAUCCACCCUGGGACUGUUUGGUGCAGCAAUGAGUCUUGGCUCUAUCAUUGGAUUCCCGGUUGUCCCAUACAUCUGCGACCAUCUCGGUCGAAGAUGGGCCGUCAUCAUUGGUUCCUUGAUCCUCAUUCUGGGUACGGGCCUGCAGGCUGGAGCCGCCAACUUUGCGAUGUUCUUCGGCGGACGGAUAGUUCUGGGCAUCGGCAUGGUCCUAGCCACGAGCGGAGGUCCACUACUUUGCGCCGAGAUUGCUCACCCGCAGGAUCGCGCAAUCCUUACAACCUUCAUGGGUUGUUCUUACUCGGUGGGAUCGUUCCUCGCUUCCUGGAUCACCCUCGGUACCUUGGAAAUUCCUAACAACUGGGCCUGGCGUACACCUUCCCUUCUGCAAUGCUGGGCCAGUAUCGUGGUCCUCAGCGUGAUCUAUUGGAUCCCGGAGUCUCCACGUUUCCACAUGAACAAGGACAACUACGACGCUGCACUCAAGACACUGGCCUACUACCAUGGCGAGGGCGAUGAGAACGACCCAUUCGUUCAGCUUGAGUUCACUGAGAUCAAGACUGCUUUCCUCCUAGACAAAGAGUAUAAGACCAACUCCCGAUGGGCGGACUUUGUCAAGACCAAGGGAAAUCGUCAUCGCAUCAGCUUGGUCAUCGCUAUUGCGAUCUUCGGACAAUGGUCUGGCAACGGUAUCCUCGCAUACUAUCUUAAACUUGUGCUUGAACAGAUUGGCAUCACUUCACCAAACCAGCAGCUCGGCAUCAAUGGAGGGUCCAAGACUAUGUCGCUCCUGGUCAACUUGGGUGUGGCGUUCUUCAUCGACCGCUUCGGAAGACGGCCUAUUCUGUUUUACUCGACAGUGGGCAUGACACUCUUUUUCACCCUGCUAACAAUCGUCACCGCACGUUACAACAUUCUCCCGGAGGAGAACAGGCCCGCAUCUAUGGGACGAGCGGUCGUCGCUAUCAUUUAUUUAUACAAUUUCUGCUACAACCUCAAGACCGGUCUCCCUUUGACCUACACCACUGAGAUCAUGCCCUACGGUCUUCGAGCCAAGGCAGCCGUGAUCGGCGGUCUCUGCACCAUGAUUGCCGUCUUCUUCAACCAAUACAUCAAUCCCAUCGCCAUGGACGCCAUUGCUUGGAGAUACUACAUUUGCUACUGCUGCUUCCUCGGCUUCGAGCUGUGGUUCAUCUAUUUCUUUGUCGUCGAGACUCGUUAUGUGCCUAUGGAAGAAAUCGCUCGGUACUUCGACGGCGACAAGGCCGACGUUGUGGGCAUCACACAGGCUGAGACGAAGGGCGUCCUGGCCGAGGAAGGCACGGCCCAAGAAGUUGAGAACAAGUCUGCAAGUGCUGAAAUCAAGAGGCUGUGA